AUGGGACACCCUGAAGAGCACCGUCCCUCUGUGGCGCAAGGGUCGAUCGAUUACGAAGUCAAGAAUGGCUUAUCGGCUGGAAAUGUUGAUGCGGCGCUCGAAUUCUUGCAUGGAGAGAACAAUGCUGUCGCAAUUGAGGUCGAUGAGAAGGCACUCGUGCGGAAGAUUGACUGGAUGAUUAUGCCUUUGAUGUGGGCUGCAUACAACCUGCAGUAUCUUGAUAAGGUGCUAAUCAACUAUGCCUCUGUUAUGGGUCUUCUGAGCGAUACGAAUAUGCAGACGAAUCAAUUUUCAGAUCUGACGCUGGCUUUCUAUGUGACUUAUCUGUUUUUUGAACUUCCUACGGGAUUUCUUAUGCAGCGUUUACCCACAGCGAAAUAUUUAGGGUUUAACGUUACAUUGUGGGGACUUAUGACAACAUUGAAUUGCACCGCUAAGAACUUUGGUGGGCUAAUGACUCUUCGAGUGUUGCUGGGCUGUUUUGAGAGUGCAAUUGCACCGGCGCUAAUUCUGAUCACAUCGAUGUGGUACAAGCGAAAUGAACAACCAACCCGCAUGGGAAUUUGGUAUCUCGGUACUGGCACAGCCUCUAUAAUGGGAGCGCUAGUAUCAUACGGCCUCCUAUUCUAUACAAAUGACCGCUUUAAACCAUGGCAGAUUAUGUUCCUUAUAUUCGGCAUAAUCACCAUCGCCGUCGGAAUUUGCAUCUUCAUCUUCCUCCCGGAUAACCCCAUGACCUCCAAAUUAACCAAAGAAGAGAAGAUCUUGGCUAUCGAACGCCUUCGCGAAAACCAGACCGGUAUUGAGAACAAACAUUUUAAAUGGCACCAGUUCAUCGAGGUCCUCAAGGACCCACAGACAUGGCUGAUUGUCGUGGUUGUGACGGCCAUGGACGUCCCCAAUGCAGCAAUGAGCAGCUUCACCUCUCUCAUAAUCCAGAACAUCGGAUUCACAACGAAGCAAACAGAGCUCCUCAACAUUCCAAACGGAGCAGUGAGCAUUGUCAGUAUUCUAGCGGCCUCAUGGGUAGCAUCUCGCUACGACCAGCGCUGUCUCUGCGUCGUCGCUUCAUUGCUAUGUGGUCUCCUGGGCGGAUGUCUCUUAGCAUUCUCACCAAAAGAAAUGAAAGGUGCCCAGCUAGCAGGAAAUUACCUUACACAGGUAACUGGCUCCGCGCUACCAAUUAUGUACUCAAUCGCUGGAGCCAAUGUGGCGGGCCAUACGAAGAAGGUUAGCAUGAAUGCUAUCCUGCUUAUGUCCUUCUGUCUGGGUAAUAUUCUUGGGCCCUUGACCUUUCGCACGGAGGAUGAACCAAAUUACGUUCCGGCCAAGAUUGCGAUCGUGGUUACUAUUAGUGUUGCGAUUGUUUUCUCGCUUCUCUUGAGAUAUUACUAUAUCUGGGAGAAUAAGCGUCGGGAUCAGCGCCAAGAGGGGGAUGCUCAUCAGGAGAACUUGGAUUUUAUGGAUUUGACAGAUCGUGAAAAUAGACAAUUUCGGUAUAAACUGUGA